AUGUGGCUGAGCUGGCCGACGGAUCGCGGCAAGUUGAGGGCCUUCCGAGCGUUCCUCCAGAGUCGUGCGCGGGCAGUGUUGGACGCGGCACGAAGAGGCCCGGAGAAAAUGGAGUGGGCCGCCGCGAAGGACGUCCUGAUCGCGGGCUUUGACACCCCGGGCGACCGCCAUGAGGCACUCCGUCUCUUCAAGAUGCCGCAGCUCGGAGUCGGUUUCGACCCACGUUCGCAUGUCGUGGCCCUGCCUGGGCUAUUGGAUCGCGCACUACCGACAUUGGAUGAGAAUGCUCGCUCUGAACUACUUGUUAAGCGUUUCACAGAGAGCUUCCCGGAAGACAUACGCAAGAAAGCGAAACUCAUUAAUGUGGCACGUACCAUGGACGUAAUGACGCUAGCCGAAGUUGUGAGGGAAUUCAUCGAUCAGGAAAUUGCGGCGGUGCAAACGCAUGAAGUCCUUAAGGAUGAGCCACCGGAAGACGUGAAGGCCACAGUCGACAGACUGACGGGUGAAGUGACGGCACUCAAAUCAAAUUUCGAGCGGAAGAAAAACACAAAUGCAUGUUUUCAUUGUGGCAGGCGAGGUCAUUGGCGGCGAAAUUGCCCUGAGAGAUAUAAUAAUAAUAAUAAUAUUAAUAAUGUAUAUUUCACAAAGCCCGUGAAGCAUGCACAAGGCAUGAUCACAUGUGCUGAAUAA